GUCACUCAUGGGUGGAACCACAGCUCCGUGUCUCAAAUCGCUGUAAGGGGCGCGUUUUAUUGUUCGCGGAUUCAGUGGGUAAAAAAAAAUAUCAACAACUUGUAUUACAUUUUUAAGCAUGUCGUUCAUACCCGGACAACCUGUCACCGCUGUCGUGCAACGGAUCGAGAUUCAUAAACUACAUGAUGGGGAUAAUUUAAUAUUAGGAUUCAGCAUUGGAGGUGGAAUUGAUCAGGAUCCGAGUCAGAAUCCAUUCUCAGAGGACAAGACAGACAAGGGCAUUUAUGUCACGAGGGUAUCAAAAGGAGGACCAGCCGAAGUUGCCGGUCUCAUGAUGGGGGAUAAAAUAAUGCAGGUGAAUGGCUGGGAUAUGACCAUGGUGACUCAUGACCAAGCCAGGAAAAGACUAACGAAAAAGAACGAAGACAUCGUCCGGCUACUGGUAACCAGAAAAUCUCUGGAGGAGGCAGUCAGACAGUCCAUGAUGCACUAAGAGAACUCACUAUUGAAUCACACGUUUAUGAAUGACCCGUUUUAGUCGUUCUUACACAUUUUGUAACUUUUGAUAUAUAGUUUUUUCAAUCAAUCCAAAGAAAAACUAAAUGUUUGUCUCAUAGGAUUUACUGUUUUUUUUCUUCAUCCAGAAAGAAUCUAAAGAUGUUUCAUCUUUAAAUUUAAACUGACAGCAUAAUUUAGUAAAGUUUGUAAAACAUUAUCACUUUUUUGUACACCUUGUACUUGCAUUCCAUAGGGUUAGUUUGACAGUGCAUUAUUCCAAGUCUUGCAAUGAAAAUGUCCACAUGAUCAAUCCCCCCCCCCCCCCUCCCCACCCAUAGAUGACAAGAGCUGCAUGUAGGUUUAUAUCAGUUAAUGGUUUCAAUUGUGUUUUUUUAUGAUCUAGAAUGAUUCCAGUUAUGAUAUUUGUCAACCACAAUUAAAAGACCACUAACAUUUCCUUUUAUAUGUUUAUAUGCUGUAUUCAUCCAUACCUGUUUGUCUACUUGUCUGUGUUUUUGUUGCCAAAAUCUGCUAGAUUUUUUUUUAUGUUAUUUCAAUUUUACUAUAAUACACUACACUAAUAACUUCCUGUAUUUUGUAAGACGACCAUGAAAGCCUUAUUGUUGCUACAUAAUAAACCUUGAUUCGCAGGAAUUCUUA